AUGGCAUCCUACACCCUACACCGGUCGCCCAUCCCACCAGAGAUGACCGACUACAUCAUCGAUCACCUGCACGACGACACGCCCGCCCUCGGCGCCUGCGCCCUCGUGUGCCGCAGCUGGCUCCCCGCCGCGCGCUUCCACCUCUUCUCGUCCGUCUCGGUCCACCCAUGGAAGAAAGACGCCUUCCUCGCCCUCCUCGCCUCCUCUACCCAGGGCGGCCCCCCGCGCCUAGACUCCUUCGCAUCCUCCGUCCGCCACCUCUACAUCCGCGAAGGCCGGGGCGCCUUCGAAUGGGAGCAAAAGUGGCUCUCCACCGGCCUGCCCGGGCUGUGCGCCUCCCUCUCCCUCGGCGCGCUCGAGUCGCUCGAGAUCGAGCAGGUCACAUGGGAGUUCCUCGCUGCCGCGGCAAGGCGCGCUCUGAUCGAGCACUUUGCGCCGCGCGUGCGUAGGCUCAAGCUGCGGCAGUUCGAGUUCCGCACGAGCGCGGAUAUGGUCGGUUUCUUGAGCCGCUUCGAGAGGCUCGAGGAGCUGAGACUGGAUGGGGUGCGGUGGGAGCGGGAGACGGUGGCAGGGGAGCUGGAAGAGCUGGAGGCGGUGGGAGCGGUAGCCGUGCCGAGGAAAUUGGAGGUGCUUGGGAUGAACUAUGGUCGCAAGGGGCCGGUGUUGGAGUGGAUGAUGUCGGCGAGCGGUGGCCGGAUCGCCCAGGCGCAUUCGGUUCGCCUCGGGAUGGUGACCGCGAGAGACACACCGGUUGUGGCUUCGUACUUGAAAGAGCUCGGGAGCUCGUUGAGGGAGCUCCAUCUGCAUUUUGGAACAGAAUUCUACAUGGAACAGGCUAAUCUGGUCGAGCAAUUUGACCUUUCUGCAAAUACCAACUUGACCGCAGUACAUAUCUACGACCUCGUCGUCGAUGCCCAGGCGCCGCUCCCGUGGGUGACGGCCUUGCUCCGGCAGAUCAAGUCGUAUAGGAUCCGACAGGUGUCGUUCGGGUUGCAAAUGUCAUGCGCUGAACGUGCCGAGGCGGUCGACUGGGCUGGGCUGGAGAAGGUGUUCAAGGGCGUGAACUGGGCGGGACUGGAGGAUGUCAAGUUCUUGAUCUCAUCGAAUGAGGCUGACUGUCAAUGUGCGAUGGCGCGGAUGACGAGGGAGAAGAUGCAGGAUUUGGAGAAGCGGGGGGUCCUUGGCGUCGAGGCUGGUCUUGCGGAUCGCUCGAUGCUUUAG